AUGCAUUUCUCUACGCCCAGCUGCUUCCUCUUGCCUAUCCUCGCUCUGCUCUUGAUUUCAGCCUCAUCAGCUCAAUAUGAAGAGCAUGAAGAAGAAUUAACUGACCCUCUCACUUAUCUGGAAAAUCCAUCGUUGAAUGAGAUGUUGCCUGGCCUGUCAUUUUCUUAUUAUCGUCAGACUUGUCCAGAUCUUGAAGCCAUUAUCAACAGAAAAGUCAAGGAAUGGAUAGACAAGGAUUACACUCUUGCUGCCAGUCUCAUCAGACUGCAUUUCCAUGAUUGCGCAGUUAAGGGAUGUGAUGCUUCCAUUCUUUUAGACCAUCCUGGGAGCGAGAGAUGGGCAGAUGCCAGCAAGACAUUGAGAGGGUUCCAAGUGAUUGAUGAUAUCAAAGCAGAAGUUGAGAGGAAGUGCCCCAAGACCGUGUCAUGUGCAGACAUUCUGACCGCUGCAGCCAGAGAUGCCACCAUUCUGAGUCCCGCACCCGGAGAUGCCACUGGUCUGGAUCUGGUUCGAGUCCCAUUCUGGAUGGUUCCUUACGGGCGGAAAGAUGGGCGAGUAUCUAUUGACAAGGAAGCUCAAACCGUGCCCAUGGGACGGGAAAACGUGACUGCUCUGCUUGAAUUUUUCCAGUCCAAGGGACUGAAUGUACUUGAUUUGGUUGUCCUCUCAGGAGCGCACACCAUCGGGAGGACCACAUGUGGUGCAAUGCAACACCGGCUGUAUGACUUCCACGGCACAGGCGAACCCGAUCCAUCUAUUUCCCCUAAAUAUUUGAAGUUCUUGAGAAGAAAGUGCAGAUGGGCCUCAGAGUACGUAGACCUAGACGCUAUAACCCCACGGACUUUUGAUGUCAUGUACUACAAAAAUCUUCAGCACAACAUGGGACUUUUAGCCACUGAUCAAAUGCUAGGCUCCGAUUCAAGGACUUCAGAUCUUGUAGCCACAUUGGUUUCCAAACCCUCAAUCUUCUACAGCCAAUUUGCAUUGUCAAUGGAGAAGCUUGGAAAUACUCAGGUCCUUACAGGUGAAGACGGCGAAAUCCGAGUUAACUGCAAUUUUGUCAAUCCUUGA